AUGAAGAGGAAGUUCGCAACCACUCUUCCUACGCUUUACUUUCGUGACAAUGUCCUUUCAAUUCCUGGCUACACUUUCGAGAAGGCUACGCCAUGGGAGGACACAGGAAGCAUGACGCUCCUCGCUGAGGGAAGCAGUCUCAAGGAUGGAUCAAGUAUCAUUGCGAAGAUAUCACCGGCCCACUCGAAUGGUUCCAUGUGUCUGGAGCGGGAAGCCCAUAUAUUGUCCAAGGUUGCGGCGUCGCCAGACGGGCAUGCUGUCACUCUGCGUAUGAUAGACUACCUCAAGAUACCGCCCAGUGGCGGAGAUCACGUUGUACUCCUCCUUGCACACCCCGGUCUCAACGUCCUUGGACGCUAUUUACCGCCCCCUAAAGUUAACGACCUCCUCCUCGCUGACGUGGACAGAAUACGUCCAACUUCAUCUCAUGCCGACGUGUAUAUGAUGGGCGUAGAAGAGCCAGAUGUAUUCGAAGAAAUUGAGGCAUUCGAUAUCAUGGAUUUGGCUACAUUCCUCGAGUUUGCGAUACAGGCUACUCACUGUCUUGAGACCAUGCACAAAGUCGGUAUCACACAUAGGGAAGUGCGCGCCAAUGCUUUCCAUCUCAAUUCACAUUCCGGUCUUGUGCGUUUCGUGCACUUUGGCAAUCGCGCGAUUUCCUUGGAGAAUUUCGGUUCCCCUUCAUCACUAGUCCUUCGCGCCUUCGAUGAACGAGAGAAGCUUAAGGUCAAGGAAGCUCUUUGUUAUCUGGCGCCCGAACAAACUGGCAGUAUCGAGACUAUGACACAGGACCAUAGGACGGAUUUAUAUUCUUUAGGUAUAAUGUUCUGGACGUUGCUUGUGGGCCGAGGUCAGAUGCCUUUUGAGGGUGGCCCCCUCGAGUUGCUGCAUGCUAUAGUUCAGAAGCGAGCCAUGCCGGUGCACGAAGUAAGAAGAGACGUUCCUGAAGUGCUGGCUUCCAUUGUAGACAAGCUAUUGGCCAAAAACCCAGAUAAUCGAUAUCAAAGCGCAUACGGGCUCAAGGUAGACCUUCUCGAAUGCCAAAGAAGGCUACUCGCUACAGUCUCAAUGGCUUCGGAAGAGGCUUCGGAACUCAUUCCCUCGUUCGACAUUGCUAUCAGUGACCGAUUCAUGGAUUUCACGAUGCCGAUCACACUGUUCGGAAGAGACAAAGAUCUUGAAACGAUCAGGAACGUCAUCCGCAAUGCCUCGACGAGCUUUUCUAGAUAUCAUGCAGCUUCAAGAGGUCUAAUACAGAUUUCUUCCACUGGUAGCUUAGAUACAGGGACUGGCCUAGGGACUGGACUGGGGACUGGUGUCGAUAGCAACGAAUCCGUGUCAUCAAGUGAGUCGUCGACGCAACGUCCUGCUGAUGGCAGGCCCCAGACAGCCAACUUAGAUGGGUCCGCAGCACACGACAGUUCACUGUCGACAAGCUUGAGUCCCAGCUUGGGGCCCAGCGACGGAUCUGGCUUACGGCGGGUCGGGAUAUCGACUAAACACCGUGUCCCCAGGGUUCAGACGGUCGUGAUCGUGGGGCCCCCAGGGAUUGGAAAGAGCUCCAUGAUUCUGGCCAACCAAGCAAAGUGGAGAGCCCACGGCCUCUGGGGUCAAGCGAAAUUCCAAAGUGCUGAGUCGGCCCCUUUCGCAGCGCUGCUUAGCUGUUUAUCAUCAGUGUUGCGACAGCUGAUGGUUUUCCAUACCGAUUUACAUCGCUUCGUUUCUUCGCUCAAAGAGCGCUUAGGUCCCCAGCUGCAGAAUAUUCCCCUCUUAUACCAUGGAGUCCCAGAGCUGCAUGAUUUGCUUGCCCAGUACGACAUAUCGAUUGAGACGCCGAACGAGUCCCUCUUGACGGCUGAGCUGCGGGCACGGUUUCAAUCCCUCGUAGAGAACGUUUUCAGCGUGAUUGCCGAGACACGAUUAUUUGCUCUCUUUCUGGACGAUCUUCAUGAGGCUGAUGAUUCGACAUUGGACCUCAUCUCGACGCUAGUCAAUUCAAGGAGCAGGAUGCUGGUGCUUGCAACAUUACGAUCAGAUAAAGACGACAUCGUGGCCAAAGUGAAGUCGAUGUUUCAUAGUCGUGCUAAACCGACAUGGAUUCACCUCGAACCACUGAAUUACUCUUCAGUCCUCUCCUUGGUCUCCAAAACAUUGCACCGAGAAAAGGAUGAUUGUGCGCCAUUGGCCACUUUCGUAUACUCGGCUUCAUCUGGUAAUGCAUUCUCUGCGCGAAGCAUCCUUACAACAUUACAGCGGCAACAUCGUAUUGAGUUUGACUGGGAGCACAACUAUUGGAAAUACGACAUGGAAUCUAUUGAAGCCAGUCUCGCCGAUCAGAAGAUAUCUGAUCCUACCGAUUUGACUUUCCUUACCUCACAAUUCCAAGAACUACCGGAAGAGGCGAAGAAGUAUCUACACUGGGCGGCCUUCUUCGGCGAAACUUUCAAAGUCACCGAGGUCGCUCUCAUGAUGGAUUGGGAGGAUUCUAGUGGGAGCAGUGGCAGUGACUCCGAGGCUGAACAUAAGUGGAACCCUCACAAGGCUGUAUCCAAAGUUCGUGAUAAAGGAUUGAACGAUGGCCUGAGAGGGUCCAUGAAGGGUCUGAACCUUGCUCUCACGGAAGGUUGGCUAAUACAGCGAGCUAGAGAUAUGUGCAGCUUUGCACAUGAUCGAUACAGACAGGCUACGCAGGCAGAGGUGGAAAAGUUAGAUCCUCACACCGUAGCUAUGAUGUCAUUACGGAUCAUCCUCAUGAUGCUCCAUGAAAGUCCCAUAGACGUCUAUCGUAUAGCGGAGCACGCAAAACGUUGUUUACCCCUCCUCCAUGAAAACCCUAAGCGGGACGAACUUCUGGAUGUCUUGAUCGAUGCAGCCGAAUCAGCGUGGGCACGCGGCGCACAUGAGCUUGCCUACCACUCGUUCACCAACGCACGGUCAUUGUUGAGGCCCAACUCAUGGGAGGACAAUUAUCAGCGGACGUUUUUACUACUCAUACGAAUAGCCGCGCUUUCGACAUGGAAAGGGGACUACGAGGCAUCUACGAAGAUUAUAGAAGAAUGCCUCGGCCGUUGCCAGAGCAAUGAAGACAAAGCGAACGUAUUACGAAUACGAUCUCGCAACAGUUUCCUAGGAAGUCGGUUCGCGGACGCGCUAACUGAUACCCUGCAAGCCCUAAAGCUGCUUGGAGUGGAAGUUAAUCCAACUCCUACUAAAAGAGAAGCAGACACCAUGUUUGAGAAGGUAAAAAACGAGAUACUCGCGGUUGGAUUUGAUGAGAUCUUGAACAUACCUCGUGCCACGGAUGCUAAAACCGAGCUAGCUAUUGCGCUCUUGAAUGACGCUGGGAUCAACGCCUAUUGGCAUCCGUCCCAGCAUGCAUUCAUGGAUAUAAUCGGCCUGACGACCAUUCAAUUGGCGCUUAGGUUUGGUAUGUCCCCCGGCACGGCACUCGGAUUCUUCUGGGCCUUGGGAGCUGCAGCUGAACAGCGCGAAUUAUAUCGAUUUUCGUCCGAUAUGGCUAAAUUAGCCCUACGAAUUGCGGACCGCCACGGAACCAGCGGCGAACGGUGCCGAGCGCAAGUGCUUUAUUGCUCCAUGGUGUCGGGCUUCGAUAGCUGCCAUAUCCGAGCAAAUGUCGCCGUUAUGGACGAAGCUAUCCGUUUAGGCAAUAGCGCUGGCGAUAGGGUGUAUACGGGAUUUGCCACUAUUCACUCUAUCUUAACUCGCCUGUAUAUUUGCGAACAGCUAUCCGAGCUUGUUAUAGCUGCUGAAGAGUGUGUCACCGAUGUCAAAUUAUUGACUCCCGGCAGCGACCAGAAUAUCUUAGCCAAGGGCAUUCUGAACUGUAUUCGCGUCCUUGGGGGUUACACAUACUCUCAAUCCAUAGAUACUGUCUUCGAUACUGAGAAUUUCAAAGAAAGCGAGUAUGCUGCCUCCAUCUCUACGACUUCUGGCAACGUUGCCAUUUCUUUGUCCUGGUAUAACGCCUUCAAGGUAGUCGCUUUCUACUGUGUAGGCUUUAUUAGAGAAAGUGCCGCCUUGGGAUUCGAAGUUUACCGUACCCGUGACAAGCACCCAAAUCACCGCCACGUGCGAUACUCCCUCUUCUUUCACAGCUUGGCCAUGAUUGCUUGCAUUAGAGGCGGCCAGUUAGAUCAGGACGAUCGCGCCACUUACUUCAAGCAAGUAGAGCUCAAUCAGCAAUAUAUUCGAAAGUGGCUGUCGCCAAGUCCGGUCAACACUAGUACCUGGGUCGCAAUAGUAGAUGCAGAGAUGGCCGCCAUUCGUGGAUACGCGGACGCGUUCAAGCUUUACGACAUUGCAGUGAAACUAGCUGUCAGCAAUGAAUGGUUGCACGAAGAAGGAUGGGCAUUGUACUUGCAAGGUUGCCACUUUGUCAGGUGUGGUGUAGAAGGACUGGGGAGCGAAUUGCAACGCCGCGGCAUAUCACGCCAAGCUCAAUGGGGAGCUCAGGGUAUUGUGAACUACCUGAACUCCGUUGUCGGCGCUCGCUCGCAGUACCCACUGAAGCGGCCGAUAUUCUCGUCGGAGGUUGCUGUCCAAACUGAAAACAUCGCGGCCGGGAUCAUAAAUCAACCAUUGGUUAUCUAUGGCAACCCGAAGCCCGACUACGGCGACGAGCAAGAACCAACCCUCAGCGAGGCUGAUCUUUCGUCCAUUCUCAAGUGGAGUCAGGAUAUUUCUAGAGACAUUCAGCUUUCCUCCGCUCUACAGCGGCUCACCGAGAUAGCAACAGAGGCCUCCGUUUCUCAGAAUACUUGUGUUGUUAUGGCGAGGGAGGCUGGGGACUACACGGUGGCCACGAGCAUGUCACCCCCUCAACCUUGCCAAGUUCAUGAAAACGCUCGACCCCUCAGAACUAUCGCUGAUCCACUCCAACGAGCUAUCAUUCAGCACACGCUCAAUACUAAGGAUCAAAUAUAUUUGGAGGACGCCUCUACAGAUCCCCGUUUCUCUGCGGAGGCCAGUCAAACGCCGCAACGUUCUGUCAUCUGCAUUCCUAUCUUCGGAAAUCGUGGGCAGACGUUCGGUGUUAUCUACUUCUCCUCAAAAUAUCCAUUCUCCAAGAACACCCUGACUAUACUGACGCUGCUCUGUCAGCAAGCGAGCGUUAGUAUCUCCAACGCCUUGCUAUUCAAGUCGGUGCAAGCGGGCACAAGGGAGAACCUCAAGAUGAUCGCGGCGCAGCGAGACGCUCUUGAAGCCGCGCGGCGGAGCAGAGAAGAUGCUUUGAAGGCGACAAAGAUCAAGAGCAACUUUUUGGCUUCGAUGAGCCAUGAACUUAGGACGCCUUUCAGUUCGUUCUACGGCCUCUUGGAUCUGCUGAGCGGUACGGAGUUGAACCCAGGGCAAGGAGAAAUCGUUCAAACGGCGAAACAGUCUUGUGAACUUCUCCUCAAGAUAAUCGACUCCAUUCUGGAUUAUAGCAAACUGGAAGCGUCUGCGUUGAAACUGGAGCCCAGUGGAUUCAUGGUUGAGAAUAUUAUUGCAGACUGUAUGGAGCUUCUCCUUCCUAUGGCGGCCAGGAAACUAGACCUCUCAUUCAAUAUCGAGCUCGAUGUCCCAACCUGGGUGUACGCUGACUAUGCUCGUAUCAGACAAGUCUUGAUGAACCUGAUUGGAAACGCUGUCAAGUUCACCUCGGGAGGAUCAGUGAAGGUCAUAUGCUCGGUUGAUCACACGCAUCCGUCGACAACAGAAGAGGCUCAUUUGAGAUUUUCUAUUCAGGAUACUGGCAUUGGCUUGUCAUCAAGUGACGUAGAAUUACUCUUCGUGCCUUUCCAGCAAGCGGAUAAUUCUUCCACCCGUCGCUUCGGAGGCACCGGGUUGGGCCUGUCUAUAUCAAGACAAUUGGUGAAGCUCAUGGGUGGCGCUAUUGGCGUGCAAUCCGAACUCAAUGUUGGCUCGACGUUUUGGUUUACUAUUCCGGUUAAAAUAUAUAAUGCUGACGAAUCGCGUAUGGCGAAUCUCGAGCUCGAGGAAUUGCGCGCGUCAUUAGUGAAGCCACAGCCACCUCGCAUUCUACUCUCAUCGGCUUCGGAAGCCACACUGUCAUUUUUCAAGAAUAUUUUCCAAGGUUUCAACAUCAUCUCCGCUAACUCAGUACAUGAAUCCGAGGCACAGAUACGCAAUAUUGAUAAUUUUGAUUUUCCGCCUUUGGAUUUCGUUAUCCUAGACGACCAAUCGGAGACCCGCGUGGACGAAUUCGUUCGAUUACUCCACUCAAUAAAAAGUAGGACCUUGCAGAAUACGAAGGUCAUCCAUAUGUAUACCCCGACCACAAGUCAACCUGGAGAGUCGAUAUUCAGCAGCAAUACUCCAGGUGUCCAUAAAAUGACGAAGCCACCCCGGAAGGCGCGGUUGUAUCAGAUCCUCGCGAGUUUGAAAGAAGGGGGAAGCCCUGUACAACCGAACCCCAAGCCUGUGCCCGAACUUGCUAGUGCUCCGCGGACGUUGUAUGGCAAUGUACUGGUUGCGGAAGAUAAUCCAAUUGCGCAAAAUCUGAUUGUCAAACAACUUCAACGAUACGAUCUGAUCGUUUACCCGACGAGCAACGGCGAGGAAGCCUUGAAUGAAUGGCAGGCGCACCCGCCUGGUUUCUUUAGCGUCGCUCUAUUUGACCACCACAUGCCCGUUUGUGAUGGUGUAGAAGCAGCGAAACGACUGCGCUUCCUGGAAAAUAAACGGGACGUACCGACGAUGUUGCCCAUCGUAGCACUCAGCGCAGAUUGCCAGGAAUCGACGAAGCAGCUGUGCCUGAGUGCCGGUAUGAACGCCUUCUUUAGCAAACCUCUACGCAAAAACGAUCUGCUUUCCCUGCUUUCUAUGUUCCCGUCACCAGGUCCCGUCGCUGGCCCAAGCUAA